AUAUGUCAGCUGUAAUGUCAUUGGGUGUGUGUGAGAGAAAGAGAGAAAUAUGAGUUUGUUUUGAUCGCAACGAUAGAUUUACGUUCGCUUCGUUUUCAUCAAAUUUCGAUUUGUUGUUGAAGAUUAUUGAAUCCUCGCAUCCAAAAUUGGUAACAUACUUGAUUCACCACCACAAAAUAUGGAUAAACAUUUAUUUAAUCUAAAAUUUGCGGCCAAAGAAUUGGAACGUCAUUCGAAACGUGCUGAAAAACAAGAACGUGUACAAAAAUUAAAAUGUAAAAAAGCAAUACAAAAUGGUAAUACGGAAGGUGCAAGAAUUUAUGCUGAAAAUGCUAUACGGGAAAAAAAUCAAGCUUUGAAUUUUUUACGAAUGGCAAGCCGUGUUGAUGCUGUAGCUAGCCGUGUACAAACAGCAGUAGCAACCAAAUCAAUCGCACAAUCAAUUGGCGGUGUAACCAAAGCUAUGGAUUCGGCAAUGAAAUCAAUGAAUUUGGAAAAAAUUUCACAAAUAAUGGAUAAAUUUGAAAAACAAUUUGAAGAUUUAGAUGUACAAACAAAUACAAUGGAAAGUACUAUUAGUAAUGCAAUGGGUACAAUGUCACCUGAAGCACAAACCGAUAAUCUUAUGAAACAGAUUGCCGAUGAAGCUGGUUUAGAAUUGAAUUUAGAAUUACCAAGUGUAGCAACAUCAACAUUAUCCUCUACAAAAGAAACAACAAAAGAAGAUGAAUUAUCUAAACGUUUGGCUGCCUUACGAUCGAUGUGAUGAAAUUACAAAAAAAAA